AUGUUUAAGAAAUUGUCCCGGAAGACCGAAAAGACGAUACCCGAUGAGAAGCUGAUCAAGAUAGACGUUCCCGUAAAGGAACUGCCCUCAGAAAUUAAGCCUCCGAAGGCCAAGGAACUCACGGCUGAGCAGCAGAAUAUGUACCAAGAAGUGCUGAAACAUUUUAGCAAUCCGGACCUGAAGCUACCCAAGACCGAGAAGAACCAGGACGGGAAGUUGGAAGCUCUGACGGAUAACGAAAAGGCUUGGCUAACAAGAGAAUGCUUCUUGAGAUAUCUGAGGGCCACGAAGUGGGUAUUGAAAGACUGUGUCGACAGAAUCUCGCAGUCCAUAGCAUGGAGAAGAGAGUUCGGUAUUAGUCAUAUGGGCGAAGAAAACGGCGAUGAGCUGACUUCGGAGGAGGUUGCUCCAGAAAACGAGACCGGUAAGCAGGUUGUUCUGGGCUACGAAAAUGAAGCCCGUCCUAUACUCUACCUGAAGCCCGGGAGGCAAAAUACGAAGACUUCCCACAGGCAGGUGAAGCAUCUGGUCUUCAUGCUGGAGAGGGUUAUCGAUUUUAUGCCUGUGGGACAGGAUUCAUUGGCGCUUCUGAUCGAUUUCAAAGAAUAUUCGGAUGUUCCCAAAGUCUCAAGUAACAGCAAGAUUCCACCACUCGGGGUCGGAAAGGAAGUACUGCACAUACUGCAAACUCACUAUCCAGAAAGAUUGGGCAAAGCACUAUUGACCAAUAUACCAUGGCUAGCAUGGACUUUCUUGAAAUUAAUUCAUCCCUUCAUUGAUCCAUUGACCAGGGAAAAGCUGGUCUUCGACGAGCCAUUUGUGGGAUACGUGCCAAUGGACCAGCUAGAUAAAUUGUACGGAGGUUAUUUGGAUUUCAACUACAAGCACGCAGUUUAUUGGCCCAAAUUAGUCGAGGACUCACGCGAGAAGAGGGAACAUUAUCUAAAGAGAUUCCAGAAGUUCGGAUCGGUCAUCGGUCUUAGUGAAUAUGAUCUAAGGGGUACUCAUGAAGAAUUGAUUUAUCCAGUAAAAAAAUAA